AUGGCUUCUGGAGAGGGAGAUCAGCUGCACACGAUGGUGCAAACCUUGUUCGGUGGAAUGUCCGACAUGAUGCGAAACCUUGUAGAAGCAGGUCUUCGUGCUGAAAUGGAAAAUGAUGAAGAGAUCGUGGUUUAUGAGAAAUUCACAAAAGAAGAUUACGACGCUUUUAAACUUAAGCACGGCAUAAAUGUCUCCUCUGGCCCUGUAAGCACUGGUCCACAGGAAGAGAACCGAACCAAUGAUGAUGAUGAUGAUGAAGAGGAGGAAGAAGAAAGCGAUGAAGACAGCAGUGACGAGGAAUGGGACCGUGAGAGCGCGGCGGCAGAUUUUCGAAGGCAGUAUGAACACACUAUCCAGGCGAGAAAAUGGAUUCAAUCUUUUCGGACUGAUAAAUCUGAUGGCGGAGCGAAUUUGCCUACGACAAGUGAGACGACGAACGGAGCCCAGGAAAAACAAGAGGAACCUGAUACAUCUGUGAACACGCAGCAGGGAACGCAAGGAGAAAAAGUAGAUAAAAAGGAAACUGCAACGACCAGCUUUAAGAUAGAUGAUGUAGAUUAA